GCUGAACCAAACAUGAGUUCAGCGACUUGAGUGCAGUAUUUUAGAGUAAUCCAAUCUGUCCCUUUUGCCGCAAACAUGGCGUCAGCUCCGUCUGGAAAGAAGAAGGGGAGGAAGAAGGGAGUGCCCAUCGAUCUCAAUGUCUUUCUUAGUAACACCAAGGGAACACCAGAUGGCAAGGCCAUCACCAUCACCAAGACCGGCAACAGCUGGGCCGACCAGAUGGACUUCGAGGCCGAGGAGAAGACGGUGGUGCUGCCGACGGCGCCCUCGAGCGUGCGCUGCGGUCUGAACGUCGACCUCGACCGCGUGCCGAUGACGGGGCCGUUCAAGCUGUUCAUCGCCAACGUGUCCUAUGACGCCAACGAGGAGAUGGUGGCCAGCAUGUUCCAGGGUCUGGACGUGCGGAACGUGAGUCUGCCGUGCGACGACAGCGGCCGAUUCAGGGGGUUCGGCUACGUCGAGUUCGGCAACCGUGACGAUCUGAUCGAGGCGCUGCACAUGGACGACCUGGAGGUGGCCGGCAGGAAGCUGCGUAUCGACCUGAAGACGCCCAGCGAGCGCGACCAGCAGCAGCAGUCGCGCGGCUACUCGUCGUUCGGCCGCGACGAGGACCGCGACCGCGCCGAGGACGACGGCGACUGGCGGGCGGGACCGCGCGCCGCGCCGGCGCGCACCAACAGUGACUGGCGCUCCGGUCCGCCCGGCGGCGGCGACCGGCCCGACCGCAGCGGCGGCGACAGCGACUGGCGCGGAGGACCGCGCGGCGGCGGCGGCGGCUCCGACUUUGGCGGCGGUUACGGGCGUGACCGUGAGCGUGAGCCGACGAUGGCCAGCAAGCCGGGCAGCAAGUACGAGGCGGUGCCGUCCUUCAACGACUACCGGGGCGGCGGAGGCGGCUACGGCUCCGACCGAAGAAGCGACGACCGGUACGGCGGCCGGGACGACCGGUUCGGCGGCCGUGACGAUCGGUACGGCGGUCGUGACGAUCGGUUUGGCGGCCGUGACGACCGGUAUGGUGAUAGAGGUCGCGGCUAUGGCGGUGGUGGUUAUGGGUAUGACAGGCGCGGCGACGAGCGGGGGUAUGACUCCCGGUACGACCGUGGGUAUGGCGACAGAGACCGUGGCGGAGGCGGCGGCGGAUUCGACAGGCGGGACGACCGGUACGGCGACAGAGGUCGUGACGACAGGUACGGCGGAUCGCGCUUCGGUUCACGAGACGGUCCCCGUUACGACUCACGAGACGGGCCGCGCUACGACUCGCGGGAUGGACCACGAGACGGUCCGCGCUACGACUCGAGGGAUGGACCUCGAGACGGUCCGCGUUACGACUCGAGGGAUGGACCACGUUACGACUCACGCGAUGGUCCCCGGGACGGACCGCGCUACGACUCGCGGGACGGCCCCAGAGACGGCCCCCGGGACGGUCCGCGUUACGACGACCGGCCGCCGGCCGAGUCUGACCGGCCGCCGGCCGAGCGGCCGAAGCUGAACCUGAAGCCGCGCUCGGUGCCCUCGGACGACAUCGGCAAGCCGGCCGCCUCCAGCAGCAUCUUCGGCGGCGCCAAGCCGGUGGACACGACGGCGCGCGAGCGCGAGGUCGAGGAGCGCCUCAAGGCGACCCGGAUCGACGACCGUCCGGCGCGGCCGUCGGAGCCGGCCUCGGGCUCCCAGCGGCGCGCCGAGGCCUCGCGAGACAUCCGGCUCAGCGAGCCGGCGCGCGGCAAGGACAGUCAGAAGCCGGCGGACGGUGCUGGCUCGAGGGAGACAAAUGGAAAGGCGGCCGACGGCGCAGAAAAGAAGGAGCGGGCGCCGCGGCCUCCCAAGACGGUGGAGGAUAAGCCGGCCGUGUUCGUCGAGCAGAGCCGGUUCAGCGCGCUGGCAGAGGACGAGGAGGCUUAGACGCGGCGGCACCACAUAUAGCCGCCCCAGCAGAGCGCCACAGUACGCGCACGACACGACCGGCCGGCGGGCCGCGGCAGGCCGCCCAGCCCGACACGGAGCCGGACGGCGGCCCAUUCCGGUCCCGGCGGCCACAGCCGGCCCCGGGCCACCCGGCGGCGGCCCGAGCAGCCGCGCGCGGCGGCCGGGAAGACGACGCAACACUAGGGGACGAAGGAGGGAGCGGCGGGAGAAGGACCGGGCCCGCCCAGUGCCGGCGGCUCGACAAACCGCCGCACAGUGUGGCCGAACACCAGUUUAGCGCGAAUUUAAUCCCAGCGCCGCUCGGAUCCACUGAAAAUGGUUCUCUGGUUCCAAAACUGACACUUACCCCUCGCCGGACUUAUUGGUUUUCAAAAUACGCGCCGGCCGAAGGGGGGGGGGGGUUGGUACGACCCCCGUCGCUGUUUCGCCCCUGAUGGAGCUAGAGCCCCGCGGAAAAAAACGAGCGUGUGCGCCGUUACGAGACGCAGCGACUGGUAUCCGAUUUUAAGGUCUCAGGCCAACCUGUGACCUCUGAGGUCAGGUCAAGUGACCCAGGCGCGGAUUCAUUUUUUAUUAAUAACUUCGCGAAAAAAUGCGGCAGAGCCGUAAUUUUGGUAUCAUCAUGUUCGCCUCACUCAGGCGCGUCGAAUGGUAUACUUUUUGUUCGGCUGACGUUAACUUAAGGUGUUGACCGUGGGUCAAGGUCAGGUCAGAGUCCUCCAGAUCACGAAGUUGGUUGAAGGAGGUCAUGUUGCAUAUCAUUGGAUUCGGAAAUUCUUCCUGAGUCCAUUGGUGGCUUUCUCGACUCGCUAGCUCAAUUUAAUCGGGAGUUAUUGACGAAAAACUCUUAUUACCCUAGUGACGUCAUAAAUGACGUCACGUAAGACCAACAAUGCAUAAGUGAAGCAUCGGACCUUGCAAGGAGUGCAUGAAAUCACGAUUUCGUGUGCUUGAGAUAGUUUAUUAGGCUGGAGCCUGUCCGGCCGCGCCGCCCCCUACCUUGGUCAGGUCACAUAGGGCGGCCGACUAGACAUGUUCAAAGCUGAGUUGACGGCAAAUAGGCAAAAACUGGCAGCUGAAACUUGCUCGCUUAUGUUCAGAAAGGUGCGGAGAGUUCAGCCAUGCCCUAUUCGUCAUAUCCAUUUUUAUCCAUUUUGACAUUUUUCAACUUCUUUAUUAAAUACUAUCGUGAGAACGAUACACAUGCAGGGCUCUUGUUCUAACUCAUUAAACUCAAAAACCAUUCAUUGAAAAGCUACCAUGAUAGCAGAAACAGCUUCAUCAUGAACUGCGCUAUCCGGUGAUAUGCUAUUUUCUCAUAUAUCUUCUCGAAACUUCCGUAAAAUUUACGUAGAAAACUGGACAUAUUUAUCAGUACCAUAGCCCGAUUUUAGGAACCGGAGCGUGGGUCUACUUUCGGCAGGGAUAUAAGUCCUCAAAUGGUAAAGUGGCUUAAAAAUAAGGUUCUAUCCGAUAACUUCAGACAAUUUCCUACCCACUGAUAGGUAUAAAUAACAGUUUAUCGAAAGUCGGGUUUUUGAUUAAAUUCGCGCUAAUCUGGUAUUCGGCAAGACCGUGCGCCGGCGCACGGGCGCCGGGCCGCAAUCAUUAUCCAAAUUGGUAGUCGGAUAAAGGGUACUUUUGUAUUCUUAUGUCAUUUGGCAAAUAUAUGUAACAACCGUGUG